UUAUGUGGAGUCGUCUCUCCAAAAGUCCAAAUUACAGGAACACAAAAAAUAAAUAUUUAAAAAUAAAAAAAGCAGCAAGUCCACUGUGCUGGUACUACUGAAUACUGAUCUAUAUAUAAAUGCAAGAUCAGAGAAGUAAAAAUUAUUAUAUUAAAUCCAGCAACAUACAGUGCAAUAUCACAUAAGCAUGGCUUCUUUCCAGACAACACAUCGAAGAUUGGAAAGCAAGGUGGUAAUCAUCACCGGCGGGGCGAGCGGUAUUGGGGCUAGCUCGGCCACCUUGUUCUGGGAGCAUGGUGCUUUCGUGGUGAUUGCAGAUAUCCGCGAUGAACUAGGACAGGCCCUCGUUGGCAAGCUCGGUAAGAGGGCCUCAUACGUCCACUGUGAUGUGUCGAAGGAGGGAGAUAUCUCCAGCCUUGUGGACACGACAGUUGCUAAGCAUGGGAAGCUCGACGUCAUGUACAACAAUGCCGGUGUCGUCGACCGCCCUUGGAGCAGCAUCCUGGAGUCGAUCAAGGCUGACAUGGACCGGGUCGUAGGAGUCAACCUCUAUGGGGCUUUCUAUGGGGCAAAGCACGCGGCGAGGGUCAUGGUCCCUCGGCGUGGCGGCUGCAUACUGUUCACCACCAGUUCCUGCACAGCAAUCUCCGGGUUUGCCAGCCACCCUUACAUGGCCUCCAAGUGCGCCAUCGUCGGCAUGGCGAAGAGCCUGGCAGGUGAGCUUGGACAGCAUGGUAUAAGAGUCAACUGCAUCUCCCCGCAUGCCGUCGCGGGGACUCGGAUCAGUUCGGAGAUGAAGGGACUCGAAGGGAUGCCUGCAGAGGCGUCCAAGGAAGCGUUGGGUGAGAUGGGCAACUUGAAGGGCCAGGUUCUCGAGCCAGAGAGCAUCGCACAGGCUGCUCUGUUCCUGGCAAGCGACGAGGCCAAUUACGUGAGCGGGCUCAACCUCUUGGUGGAUGGAGGGUUCAGUGUGGUCAAUCCUUCCUUGAUGAUAGCAGCCAUGGGCAUGGGUCAUCCUCGACAGUGAAGAUAUGAUUGAACAAUAAACUAAUCUCCUCUAGUACUUCUAUUUCAUAUUUGUAAGUGCGAAUCCGGAGGACUUCGAAUGCAAUCCGAUACAGCAAUGCAUGUGUCGUUGGGUCUCCA